GUGCAUGGAAGGACAGGGCCCAGGAAGGGCUGAGUCAGUACCAUUGCCACUCGGAGAACCAGGCGUCCCUCAGGAGCCACUACCCGUGCGGUCUGGGUAAGCAGGUGUCCUGAGCUGGCUGGGGGCCAGGAUCUACCCCAAGUUCUACCUCCAGGGAGAGCCCCUAGGGCCAGGCUUGCGCACCGACAUGCAAAAGAGGGGGUGGUGCAGGAAGUCAACACCUGGCCCUGCUCCCGUGGUGCAAGGAGCCCGGGGACAAACCGGCUUCGGCUGCUCCUUGAAGACCGGGCAGUGCCACCGGGGCGGUGGGACGGACACACAGCAGCAGAGAGAGCCCUCGCCUGCCCUGCAGACCACGCCGCCUGGAAGAGCAGAGUCUCUGGUUUUGGAAAACGAAGAAUCGGCAGGACAACUGAAAAUGCCCAGGAGGAAGAUAUGCUGGGUCCCCAGCUCUUCCGGCGGCGGGGUCGUGAAUCUCGGCUUCGAUGUGGGCGACGGCAUGGUCUCGGGACUUAGCUACAGAACAUACACCCCUGAAGACGGUUACCCACAAAUCCAGGAGCCUGAGCCGCCUGGGAGCGCAGCUGCCCCGCCUCGGGGGAAGCAUGACACCUGGAAGAUGUUGCUGCCCUUCCGCCCCAAGCCCAAGUUCCCGUCCCCUCAGCCCCUGGAUGACGCCGGCCUGUUCUCCUACUUGACGGUGUCGUGGCUCAGCCCCCUGAUGAUGCAAGGGCUCCGGAAGCGCUUGGAUGAGAACGCCAUCCCCCCGCUGUCAGCGCAGGACGCCUCCACCCGCAGCGCCCACAGGCUCCACCUGCUUUGGGAAGAAGAAGUCUCGAGGCAUGGGUUGGAAAAGGCCUCCCUCUUCCGUGUGAUGCUGAGGUUCCAGAGAACGAGGGCCAUUAUAGACGUGAUCCUGGGCGCCUGCUUCGCCAUCCUGAGUGUGCUGGGGCCGGGGCUGAUUAUCCCCAGGAUCCUGGAAUACUCCCAGGAGCAGGCCGGGGGCGUCGGGUACGCCGUGGGGCUGUGCCUCGCCCUGUUUGCCAUCGAGUGCCUCAAGUCCCUGAGCAUGUGCGCCUGCUGGGUCGUCAGCCAGCGCACGGGCAUCCGCUUCCGCGCAGCCGCUGCCUCCCUGGCCUUCCAGAAGCUGUUGCAGUUUAAGUCGCUGACGCAUAUCACCACCGGCGAGGCCAUCAGUUUCUUCACCAGCGACACCAACUACCUGUUCGAAGGCGUGUACUACGGCCCCCUCAUCUUCCUGAGCUGCUUGUCGCUGCUCACCUGCAGCAUCACCUCCUACCUCACACUGGGACCCACCGCGCUGAUCGGCACGUUCUCCUACCUCCUGAUCUUACUGCUGAUGGCGCUCCUGACCCUUAUGCUUGUGAAGAGGCAGAAGCAAACCUCUGAGGUCAGCGACCAGCGCAUCCGGGUGACCAGUGAAGUCCUCACCUGCAUUAAGCUGAUUAAAAUGUACACAUGGGAGAAGCCAUUCGCACACAUAAUUAAAGACCUGAGAAGGAAGGAAAGGAAGCUGAUGGAGAAGAGUGGGUUUGUCCAGAGCCUGGGCACGGUGCUGUUGUUCGUGGCCCCCACCGUGGCCACCCUGGUGAUGUUCCUCACGCACGUUGGCCUCCAGCUGGAGCUCACAGCUUCCCUGGCCUUCACGGUCUUGGCCAUCUGGAACACCAUGCGGCUGUCGGUGUUCUUCAUUCCCUUCUCGGUCAAAGGCCUCACGGAGUCCAAGUCUGCGGCAGAGAGGUUCAAGAGGUUCUUCCUGCAGGAGAGCCCCGUGUUGUACGUCCAGCCGGCCAAGGACCCCAGCAGAACGCUGGUGUUGGAGAAGGCCACGUUGUCCUGGCGCAGGCCCUGCCCCGGGGUGGCCACCGGGGCCCUGGAGCCGGAGAGGAACGGAUACGCUCACGAGGGGACGCCCGGGGCUCAGCCCCCACCAGGCGCCCUCGGGCCCGAGGACACGGGGGACGGCCUGGCCCCGGCGUUGCACAGGAUCAGCCUGGCGGUGUCUAAGGGGACCCUGCUGGGGGUCUGCGGCAGCACCGGGAGCGGCAAGAGCAGCCUGCUGUCAGCCGUCCUGGGGGAGAUGCACCUGCUGGAGGGCUCGGUGGGCGUGCACGGGAGCCUGGCCUACGUGCCCCAGCAGGCCUGGCUCCUCACGGGCAGCGUCAGGGACAACAUCCUCAUGGGAAGCCAGUGUGACCAGGCCCGGUACCGCCAGGUGCUCCACUGCUGCUCCCUGAACCGCGACCUGGAGAUCCUGCCCUUCGGAGACAUGACGGAGGUGAGGGGGCGGCGGGCAGCUCGCCCUGUGGGCCCCGGGCCCCACGCUGCCUCCUGGCACACAGAGGGGCCCCCACCGCGCUGCCUCCGAGCCCCCCAACGAGGGAGGGAAGUCGAGAGGGGGAACCUCCCACGUUUCCUGGGGAAUAGUGAGGCUGAACAGCUCUCUGUGUGCUCACUGGACAUCUUAUUUCUUCUGGCUCCUCAGUAUCUGCAGUUUUGCGACCAGGUCGUUUUGCUGGAAGACGGGAAAGUCUGUGAGCAGGGGGUUCACAGUGAGCUGAUGCAGAAGAAGGGGCGAUACGCCCACCUCAUCCAGAUGAUGCACGGGGAGGCCACACAGAACACACUCCAGGAGGCCAGAGAGCCUCAGGUGGGAGACCCGGCCCAGCGCCCCCUCCAGGAGGAGCCUCUUGGGGACAGUGAAGGGCUGCAGAACCAGCUCACACAGAAGGAGAAGAUGGAAGAAGGGUCCCCGACGUGGCGUGUCUACCACCACUACAUCCGGGCGACCGGAGGGUACGCGGUCGCCGUUGGGGUUUUCCUGCUCCUGCUGCUGUUCAACGCCCUCUCCGCCUUCUACUUCUGGUGGCUGAGCUACUGGCUGGGGCAGGGCUCAGGGACCAACAGCAGCUGUGAGAGCAACAGAACCGCCUCGGACCCGGGCGACAUCCUGGACAACCCCGCCCUGCCCUUCUACGAGGCGGUGCUGGGCCUCAGCGCCCUGGGCCUGGCCUGCGUGGGGGUCUGCUCCGCGGCGGCCUUCACCCGGGCCACCAGGACAGCAUCCACCGCGCUGCACAACGACCUCUUCAGCAAGGUCUCCCUCUGCCCCAUGAGCUUCUUUGACACGACGCCCACGGGCCGGCUGCUCAACUGCUUCGCGGGGGACCUGGACCAGCUGGACCAGCUGCUGCCCAUCGUGGCCGAGCAGUUCCUGCUGCUGGUCCUGGUGGUGCUGAUCAACAUGAUCAUCGUCAGCGUGCUGUCCCCCUACGUGCUGCUCAUCGGCGUCCUCCUGUUCGCCACCUGCCUCCUCUACUUUAUCUGGAAUGUGGAUGAGCCCGGCACCAGCUCUCCAGUGGUCCUGGAGAGCCCCCCGGACAGGCGGACAGCGACAAAGAAAGGGAAGUCAGGCUGUGUGGGUGGGUGGGAGCGGCGGCCGAGGGGUGACCUGGGGAAGCCCUCGGACAGACCAACACGGUGGCUCCGCGUGUCCCUUCCCUCGAGGUUUAACAGGCUGAACGACAUGCAGAAUAACUACCAGCUGAUGUUCCUGUUCUCCACACGCUGGGUGUCGCUGCGGAUGGAGCUCAUGGCCAACCUGGUGACCCUGGCCGUGGCCUUGUUUGUGGCCCUCGGGAUGUCCUCGGCCUCCCACUCCUUCCAAGCCUUGACCAUCAGCCUCAUCCUGCAGCUGGCAUCCAACUUCCAGGCCACGGCGCGCGUGGGCUCGGAGACGGAGGCCUACUUCACGGCGGUGGAGCGGAUGCUGCAGUACAUGAAGCUGUGCGUCCCCGAGGCUCCGCCGCAUGUGGGAGGUGCGAGCUGCCCGGCCGGGUGGCCGCAGCGCGGGGAGGUCUGCUUCCAGGACUAUCAGAUGAGAUACCGCGACAACACCCCCAUCGUCCUCAAGGGCAUCAGCCUGACCAUCCGCAGCCAGGAGGUGGUGGGCAUCGUGGGCCGGACCGGCUCCGGGAAGUCCUCCUUGGGGGUGGCACUCUUCCGCCUGGUGGAGGCCGCGGCGGGCCGGAUCCUUAUCGACGGCGUGAACAUCAGCGGCGUCAGCCUGGAGGACCUGCGGUCCAAAAUGUCCGUCGUCCCUCAGGACCCCGUCCUGUUCUCGGGGACCAUCAGGUUGAACCUGGACCCCUUUGACCGGCACACGGACGAGCAGAUCUGGGGCGCCCUGGAGAGGACCUUCCUGAGCAGGACGAUCCUGAAGUUUCCGCAAAGGCUGCAGGCGGAGGUGGAGGAGAACGGCGAGAACUUCUCGGUGGGGGAGAGGCAGCUGCUCUGCAUCGCCCGUGCCCUCCUGCGCAACUCCAAGAUCAUCCUCAUUGACGAAGCCACUGCCUCCAUCGACACGGAGACCGACACGCUGAUCCAGCGCACGAUCCGCGAGGCCUUCCGGGGCUGCACGGUGCUCAUCAUCGCCCACCGCAUCACCACCGUGCUCAGCUGCGACCGCAUCCUGGUCAUGGACAACGGGAAGGUUGUGGAGUUCGACAGGCCGGAGGCCCUACAGGGGAAGCCGGGGUCCAUGUUUGCAGCCCUGCUGAGGACGGCCACUUCGCAGGGCUGAGGGCGACGGGUCCCCAGCGGACAGCCCGCGGCCUGCGGGGGCAGAGACGGCAGAGAGCCGGGCGGACGUGGCAGAGGGGCGCAGGUGUAGGAGACGGGACUGAAGCCUGGACGGCCGCUCUGUGGCCCCCAAACCUGAGACCCCAGCGUCCUCCGAGACCGCGAGGGUCCGCGUGUCUCUCACGGGCGUGUGGAGCGCUCUCACCAGGCUGUGAUUCUCGGCCUGUUUGUGUGAAGUGUUGCCAAUGAUGUACUGAUUUUGUAAAAAAGAAUAAAAGUAAAAAAAGUC